GCGCCAACAAACAGAGGCCGGAGGUGGAGCAGAACUAGGGUGGGCGUGGCGUUGUUUUUGGGACUUCUUGAGCGUCGGCCUGGUUGAUAGGUGGAAGCGCGCAGGUCGCACCGCGAGGCCUUGCCUUUCGGUCAGUGGCCCUGCUGUACAGUAAAAUGGGCCUUUUGCUGCUCGCUCUACGGGGUCUUCGGCUCGGGUCUGCGGGAUGUUGGCGGAAGGUUCCCCGUGCAGAGUGCAGCGAGUCCCGGAUACUUCAGAAUUUACUGUGUCGGAAUCUUACCCCAGGAAGUCAUGGAAUGAGAGGGUAUUUAAUAAAACGACAUCUCAUUCAAGACCCCUUGAGGACUUGGAGGCUUUUAGGUGGAAUAAAUUAUUUCAGUACUUCAGGUAGAAGAAAUAAAGAAAAUCAGGAUGAAGGUUCCAAAGGGAAGACCCCACAGGAGGAUGAAGAGGAGAAGAAAAGACGAGAACGGGAGGAUCAGAUGUACAGAGAACGUCUUAGAACUCUUUUUAUCAUUGCUGUGAUAAUGAGUCUACUGAAUUCCUUGAGCAGCAGCGGUGGUAACAUCUCAUGGAAUGACUUUGUGAAUGAAAUGCUGGCCAAGGGUGAAGUGAUGCGUGUUCAAGUUGUGCCAGAGAGUGACAUAGUGGAGAUCUACCUGUAUCCUGGGGCUGUGGUGUUGGGACGGCCUCGCCUUGCCUUGAUGUACAGAAUGCAAGUGGCCAAUAUAGAUAAGUUUGAGGAGAAGCUGCGAGCUGCAGAGGAGGAGCUGAAGAUUGAUGUAAAGGACCGUAUCCCAGUCUCUUAUAAACGCACUGGCUUUUUUGGAAAUGCUCUCUAUGCUUUGGGCAUGGCAGCAGUGGGAGUGGCUAUCCUGUGGUACAUUUUCCGAUUGGCGGGAAUGGCAGGACGAGAAGGAGCUUUCAGUGCCUUUAACCAGCUAAAGAUGGCUCGCUUCACCAUUGUGGAUGGGAAAUCUGGUAAAGGAAUUAGUUUCAAGGAUGUUGCUGGAAUGCAUGAAGCAAAGCUGGAAGUGAAAGAAUUUGUCGAUUAUUUGAAGAGCCCAGAUCGGUACCUGCAGCUCGGAGCAAAGGUGCCUAAAGGAGCCUUACUUCUUGGCCCACCUGGAUGUGGAAAAACCUUGUUGGCAAAGGCUGUAGCCACAGAAGCCCAGGUUCCUUUCCUAGCAAUGGCUGGCUCAGAGUUUGUGGAGGUUAUAGGCGGUCUUGGUGCUGCCCGUGUCCGGAGCCUUUUUAAAGAAGCGCGUACCCGUGCUCCCUGCAUUGUUUACAUUGAUGAGAUAGAUGCAGUUGGUAAGAAGCGUUCCACCAAUAUGUCAGCAUUUUCCAAUACCGAAGAGGAACAGACGCUCAACCAGCUGUUAGUGGAGAUGGACGGGAUGGGUACUACUGACCACGUUAUUGUGCUGGCCUCCACCAAUCGUGCCGACAUCUUGGAUAAUGCACUGAUGAGACCAGGAAGACUGGACAGACAUAUAUUUAUUGACCUUCCUACCUUACAGGAGAGAAGGGAGAUCUUUGAGCAGCACUUGAAGAGCCUGAAGCUGACACAGCCUGGAAGCUUUUAUUCACAGCGUCUGGCAGAGCUCACCCCUGGAUUCAGUGGUGCAGAUAUUGCCAACAUUUGCAACGAAGCGGCUUUGCACGCUGCCCGGGAAGGCCAUCAAUCCGUUGAUACUUUCAACUUUGAAUAUGCCGUUGAACGAGUGAUUGCAGGCACAGCUAAAAAGAGCAAGAUCAUGUCAAAAGAGGAAAGGCGCGUUGUAGCAUUCCAUGAAUCUGGUCAUGCCCUGGUUGGAUGGUUGCUUGAGCACACAGAGGCCGUCAUGAAGGUCUCUAUAGCACCUAGGACAAAUGCAGCACUUGGCUUUGCUCAGAUACUGCCAAGAGAGCAAUUUUUAUACACCAAGGAGCAACUGCUAGAGAGGAUGUGCAUGGCGUUGGGUGGCAGAGUGUCUGAAGCUAUCACAUUCAAUAAGGUCACCACAGGAGCGCAGGAUGAUUUGAGGAAAGUGACAAGGAUAGCAUAUGCCAUGGUGAAGCAAUAUGGCAUGGUACCUAGAAUUGGUCAGGUGUCUUUCCCUGAUAGCGAAUCUACGCCUGGCAUUGGGAGAAGACCAUUUAGCCAAGGCCUGCAGGAAAUGAUGGACCGUGAAGCCCAAUUGCUUGUUUCCACAGCUUACAGGAGAACAGAAAAGCUGUUGUUGGAUAAUAGGGACAAGAUGCUUUUGUUGGCCAAUGCUCUGUUAGAGAGGGAAGUUAUAAACUAUGAUGACAUUGAGCAGCUCAUUGGGCCUCCUCCCUAUGGAACCAAAAAGAUGAUUGCUCCACAAAGCUGGAUUGAAGCAGAGAAAGACAAACAAGAUAGUGGAGACGAAGAGCCACGUCAACCUCCACCUCCAAGGGAGGAAGAAGAGCUAAACCUAAAUACUGUCUGACAUUUGCCAUUAAAAAGAUGAACACUUUAACUCUGUGUGAUGCAACAUAACUCUACUGAUUAGAUGUCAUAACAUCUAAUAUAUGGAAACAUCUAAUAUAUGGAUACAUCUAUGGAGGCAUUUCACUGCAGAGACUUCUCUUGCAGCUGCAGUUUUUAUCAUACAUUUGUAUGUCCUGAAAUUCUGCAACAGUUCUGUGUGCAAACUGUGACAUUUACAUUACAUUAAUUUACAUCCCACUGGUGAUGUAAUACUUCACUAAUAUGUUCAUAUUACAUUUAAGAAUAAAAGCCGUUUUGUCCUAGGUAGGAGGAAGGUAGGCAGCAGACAGUGCCUGAUUGUCAGCUAAUUUGGUAACAUAGCUUGAACCAAAAUAAAUGGCCUGUUAUCUGUUGAUCUAUUCCAACAUUUUAGCUUGAUCCCAAGUUCAUUUGUGUAUAUGAACCAAGGCCUAGUAUGUAAUUAUUGGCUAAAACUGUAGAAAUUAUAAGAAAACUUAGUCUCAGGAAUAUUUUAGUGCCCUUUGACUUGUAUUCUAAGGUGUUUUGUUGGCAAAAUAAUCAUCAAUGUAACACCAAUGGUAACACAAGUUAAUAAGCUCUGUCUGUACCAUAUGGAAGCUUUUGAUUUCAUAUUCUGACCAUUUAUGAAUUUUGAAGUAUAUAAUUUAUUUGUGGAGGUUCUUGCUGAAUAAAAUUUUUUUGCUGAA